AUGCCCUCGCUGAUCUGCCGCGUGCUUCUUCUGUGGCUCUGCGUGCACAGACUGGCGCGGUGCACGGAGCGCUCAUCCACGCGUGAGCGCUUCAAGGUGGUCAUCGCGCCGGUCAUCUGCAAGCGCAUCUGCCAGAAGGGUCAGUGCCAGGAUCGCUGCGAGCAGGGCAACAACACCACGCUCAUAGCGGAGAACGGCCAGGGGGCAGACACGCUCAUCGGGCAGGGCUUCAGAGUUGUUGUGUGUCCCCUUACGUGCAUGAACGGUGGAGUGUGCAGCUCUAGGAAGCACUGCCAAUGCCCGCCGGGCUUCACGGGCAGACUGUGCCAGUUUCCUUUGCGGCUCACCCAGCGCGUACAGGCGGCGCGGGGCAACAAGCAGCCCGUCUACCCCAUGUCCUUGAAGCCCGACAGCCAGAAGCUUCUGGAGCAAGCGGGCCUGGGACGCACCCAGAUGACUCAGUCGCACUCUGUUUUCUCCUUACCUUUUGCACAGCCGGGCCACCACUCCUCUGAAGUACAGAUAAACGUGCGCGUUCACCACGCAUCGGACACGUCCGUGGUCAUUCAGCCUCUCGACCAGGCAGACAGCAAACCUCCUCAGAAGAACGGGCCACGCCCUCCGACUACGCGACACAAGCCCAAGGGCCGUUGCUUCCAGGAGACUACACCCAAACAAGCUUGCAACAGCACCCCGCUUCCAGUUCUGACUAACCAAGAGGACUGCUGUGGAAGCGUGGGCAAUUCCUGGGGUCAAAACAAGUGCUACCAGUGCCCCAAACUGCCAAAUGCUUCUGUCAAGCAGACAAUUGUAGAAGAUUAUGGAUCAACCUGCCCGCAAGGUUAUAAAAGAUUCAACAGCACACACUGUCAAGAUAUCAACGAGUGCUCCAUGCAAGGUAUCUGUGAGAAUGGAGAUUGUCUGAACACUCUAGGGAGUUUCAAAUGUUCAUGCAAGGCCGGUUUUGUCCUGGAGAGGAAUCGUUGUGUUGCCGAGUUGUCUCACUGCUUCCUGAUUGUGUCCGACGUCAGGGGUUGCGAGCGUCCCCUGGCUGCCCAACUCGCUAUGGAUAGGUGCUGUUGCACAGUGGGCAAAGCAUGGGGGCGCAACUGUGAACGCUGUCCACAGGAAGGCACAGUUGCCUUCAGUGAGAUCUGCCCAGCUGGCAAAGGCUAUAUUCUCGAAAAGUAUAGAGAAACUUUCCCCUUGGCCUUUCCCUUAAUGCCCUUCCCUCACAAACCUGAAGUGGAAGAGACAACAACUGCUGUGCAGCAGGCUCCAACCAGCUACCAUAGUCCUCGUGUUCCUGUUGUCAAACCCACCCCUCCGACGAUCAUCCGAAUGACCCCUGACAAUGACCCUUUGGAAACCCAAACUAAAGUCUCACCAGAGACAGAUGAAUGUAGGCUAAGCAGGAACAUUUGUGGUCAUGGAGAAUGUGAGAACAGCCCGAACGGCCACAUCUGUCACUGUCACCCCGGCUACCGUCUCAACCCGCAGAGGAACAUCUGUGAGGAUGAUAAUGAAUGUGACUCUGAGCCUUGCGGUCAGGGUAGAGGCUUUUGCAUCAACACAGAAGGCGGCUACAAAUGCCACUGUCGCCAAGGCUACAAACACAUGGUGCAGCACGGGAGGCUAAAGUGUGUCGAUGUGAACGAAUGCGCCAAACGGGACAUCUGUGGCUCCGGAGGCCAGUGCAUUAACUUGCCCGGUUCUUAUAAAUGUGAAUGUCACAGUGGCUACAACAGCAGGUCACACCGUCACCCUGUUUGUGAAGAUGUAAAUGAGUGUCUCCGCCCGGACAGUUGUCCGAAUGAGCAAUGCGUGAACACCCUUGGCUCCUUUGAAUGUGUUCCCUGCUUACCGGGUCACGAGUCCCGCUCUGGCACCUGCUACGAUAUAAACGAGUGUGAAAAGCCUGGCAUCUGUCCCAAUGGCCGAUGUGAAAACCUUCUCGGAACGUACCGCUGCCUAUGCAAUGAAGGUUUCAUUCCAUCGAUUGACAGCAAGGGCUGCAGUGAUAUCGACGAGUGCGAGGACGUCAGGCUUUGCGCGUACGGCCGCUGCAUCAAUACAGAGGGAUCGUUCCAGUGUCAGUGCUAUCCCGGAUACCAACGCACGCAGGAAGGGAGCCACUGCGAAGAUAUCAAUGAGUGCGACAGGCCAUCAAACUGUCAAAGAGGCCGCUGUAUCAACAGUAUGGGCUCGUACACCUGCGAGUGCCAAAAGGGAUACACACUGGUGGGAGGCCGGCGAUGCCAAGACAUUGACGAAUGCGCAUCCGACUGGAGCCUUUGCCAGCCGUACGGCUCUUGCGAGAAUAGACCGGGCUCGUAUGUGUGCGUCUGCCAUCACGGCUACGUCCUCUCGGAGGACAAACACAGCUGCGAGGCACCUCAAAUGAUAGCAGAUGAGAAGAAGGAAUGCUACCUGAACCUGGACGACACCGUGUUUUGUGACAGCGUCUUGGCCACCAACGUCACCAAGCAGGAGUGCUGCUGCUCCAUCGGGGUUGGAUGGGGAGACCAUUGCGAGAUCUACCCAUGUCCUGUUUCUCACUCAGCUGAAUUCCACUUCCUAUGUCCAAAUGGACAGGGUCUCUACUAUGAUGAAGGACUCAUGUAUAGCCGGCCUGCCUACCAGGAUAUUGACGAGUGUUCUCUUUUUGCGGAUGAAAUCUGCAAGAAGGGUCGCUGUCAGAACACUCAGCCAGGGUACGAGUGCUACUGUCAGCGUGGCUUUUACUAUGACAGCAACCUUCUCGAGUGCAUCGAUGUAAAUGAAUGUCACGACGAGUCUCUGUGCAUAAAUGGUUAUUGCGUCAACACCGAAGGCUCCUUUUACUGUAACUGUAAGGAACCGUGGACCCAAGACCCCGACAAAAAGAAAUGUGUGCUAGCAGAGGUAGCAGACGUGAAUGAAUGUGACAAUCCAGCCAACUGCAAAAACGGCCUCUGUGUAGACACUCAAGGGUCUUACUACUGCAUUUGCUCACCACCAUGGACCCUAGCUAUCGACCGCAACCGUUGCGUGACUCCUGAAGAGCAAGCUGAUGUGAAUGAGUGCCAGGAUCCCUCCUACUGUAAGAAUGGGAGGUGUGAGAACACGCCCGGCUCCUUUCACUGUUUUUGUGACCCUCCUCGCACCUUCAGUGCGGCGCUCAAACAGUGCGUCUAUGACGAUCGCACCGCAGCCCACAAAGACGUGUGUUUCCAGCAGGUGGAUGAAGGCUUAAUCUGCAGCGAGCCGAGGAGCGUCAUGUUGGUUACUUACUCGGAGUGCUGCUGCCACUACGGUCGUGGCUGGGGGCCCGAGUGCAACACCUGUCCGCCCAGACAUUCAGAGAUGUUCAAUCAUUUGUGUGAGAUGCAUCUGGAGACAGAGUCAGACGGGGAACAAGAUAUCCUGACAGCUUUCGCUCACUAUAAUCCAGGUGACAGUUCAGAAGAAGAUUCAGACGAAUGCAGCUGUGCAAACGGCCACUGUGUGCGCUCCUAUCUGGGCACCAUGUGUGAAUGUAACCAAGGAUUUAGGUUGGACCACUCUCACACCCGCUGUAUAGAUAUCGACGAGUGUUCAGAACCAGCAGUUCGUAGUAGUCCGUGCGAGAACGCUCGCUGUGUGAACACUGUGGGCUCAUACAAGUGCUACUGCAAACACGGCUUUGUGCCCACACGCAGGCCGAAUAAAUGUGUCCGCCGUAGAAUGCAAUAA